AUGUCUUGCAUUUGCAUGCAAACAAAGACACUUAAUUAACAUCCAUCUCUCACCCUAUUUUCGUCAGAAGAAAAACAGAGAAAUGGAAGAAGAGAAGGAAUACAAGAAGGGUCUAUGGACAGAGGAGGAAGACAGGAUCCUAUCUGAAUACGUGAGGGUGCACGGAAUAGGCCACUGGAACCGCGUUCCCAAAUUCACUAGUCUGAGGAGGUGCGGCAGGAGCUGCCGGAUGCGGUGGCUGAAUUACCUAUGUCCCAGUGUGAAACACGGUGGCUUUUCGGAGGAAGAAGAGGAUCUCAUUAUAAGACUCCAUAAACUCCUAGGCAACAGGUGGUCGCUGAUUGCCAGACCGAUGCCGGGACGAACAGACAAUCAGGUGAAGAAUUACUGGAACACUCAUUUGAGGAAAAAACUCGGGAUCAAGAAGACAAAAGGAGAAGUUGUGAGGAUGAGAUCGUCCGAAGUCGUGGGAUCAUCGCAACCAGCGGAGGAGGCUGUUCAGAAGAGACUGCAACCGGAUAAAUUCGAUGUUGAGCUUCUUCCAAGGAGCGAGGUCACGGUGGCCGGAGAUACUCAGAGUGCCGGUGAGAUGGGUAAUGAAGAAUCCCAAUUUGGGAUUAUUGAGUUUGUUAAUAAUGAUCUUUUCGACAUGCCUAGUCCGGGGUUGUUGGAAUUCUCUGAUGGCCAUCCUUUCGAUGCAAUUUGGCAAAGUUAGUAUUUUCAUUUAGAGAUUAGAAUAAUUAGAAAUUAAACUUAUUAUUCACUAUUACUAAUCAGCAGAAGUCAAAUCAUUUGCUUAUAACUUUUGUGUUUUUGUAUAUAUUGCCGUCCACAAUAAAAGAUAACUUUUCUU